AACAAAUGAGAACAAGCGAGGGAGAGAAAGAGGGUUUGCUCAUCAGCGCUUUUUCCGUUUUCUGACGGCUCGUUGUUCCUCCUCCUUCUGCCGUGUCACUGGACUAAAAAAAAGAGGAAGGAAUAUGGUUUGGUGCGGCGCUCCUCCCGUUUAGUAGCGGAUCUCUGCAAACGGACAGGAGGCUGUCGGUCCGGGUAAAAGCCGCCUCCAACACCUGAGACUAUCGCCCACAGUCCUGCAGGAGAGCAGCCAGCACACCGCGACACAUAAAUGGUGGAGGCCGUGGUGGAGUUCGACUAUGAGGCUCAGCAGGACGAUGAGUUGACCCUGACGGUGGGCGACAUCAUCAAGAACAUACGGCAGGACGAUGGCGGCUGGUGGGAGGGCGAGCUGGCCGGACGCAGGGGGUUCUUCCCCGAUAACUUUGUCAGGGAGUUAAAGAAGGAAGGGAAGAGAGAUGGAGGGCAGGCGGGGAUGAUUAAGUCUGAGCUCUCCAACGGCAGGGCCAGCCCGGUGUCGGACACCAGCGUGCGACCUGGAAAGAAAGGAGAGCAAAUCCGAAAGCGGAGAUGUAAGGCUUCCUUCAGCUAUGCACCUCAGCAUGAAGACGAACUGGAGCUGAAAGUCGGAGAUGUGAUCGAGAUCAUCGCAGAGGUGGAGGAGGGAUGGUGGGAAGGGGUUCUGAAUGGGAAGAUUGGAAUGUUUCCUUCCAAUUUCACCAAAGAGGUCCUGGCAGAUUCGGACGCUCCCUCCCUGGAAACUCCCAACUCGCAGGAGGAGAUCCGCCACAGCCGCACCAGUAAAGACAGCCCCGGCAGUGAAAGCGACGGAGGAGACAGUCGGUCAGAAUCAGGGUCAGAAAUCCAACCUAAGAAGAUUCAGGGGAUUGGCUUCGGUAACAUCUUCAAAGACCAGCCCAUCAAGCUCCGGCCGCGCUCCGUGGAUCUGGAUUCAGAAAAGGUCAACGAAGGGAAAGGUGUGAGCGUAACAGCUGAAACCAUGAAGACCGAACCUGACGGCAAAGCUAAAGUGCGGGAGCAGUGCAAGGUCCUUUUCCCAUACGAAGCACAAAAUGAAGACGAGCUGGCGCUGAAAGAGGGGGACAUCAUCAAUAUUAUCACAAAGGAAUGUGCCGAUGCAGGUUGGUGGAUGGGGGAAAUCGGCGGAAGGCAAGGCGUCUUCCCAGAUAACUUCGUCAAACUGCUUGAAGUUGAGAAAGAGAGACCAAAGAAACCGCCGCCGCCCAGCGCUCCAUCAGCCAAACACGCCACAGAGAAAAAAUCAGAAGCGAAGAAGGUUCCUCCUGAGCGGCCUGAGCAUCUGCCUCAAAGAGACCCGGAUCGAGGUGAAGAGAUGAAGAUUGGAGAAAUUGCUAAACCCUCCCUCCCAGCUCACCUUCCCAAGAAACCCCUCCACCCAAAGUCAAGCUCCUCCUCUUGCUCCCAUCCCCCACGGCGUCCAGAGAGGCCGCCUACAUUAGCGUGUGAAAGCCCCAAGUCUGAGGGCGGGGCUUCAACACCAGAUUCUGCCCCUGAUAGGUCACAGGCCACUGAUCUCGACCUGGAUGCGGUCGUCUCCUCCACAGAGAAGCUGAACCACCCGACGGCGUCGCGGCCGAGAGUCACAGACCGCCGGCCUCGUUCCCAGAUCAUCGCACCUUCGUCUCUGUCCAGCAUAGAGCUGGAGUCUCCCACGGUGGAGGACAGGAAGGACAGAAGGAAAGACGACCAGGAGUCCGUCCCCAUCAAGAAAGCAGUCCCAGUCAUCCCAGUACAUGACGUUAAAGCCCCGCUGCACAAACCCGCCAUCCUGCCCCCGCCUAACUCCUGCCACCGCUCCAUCUCCCCGUCCUCCUCCUCGGGUUUGACCCCGUCCCCGGAGCUCCGGCAGUCGCCGCUCACGCCGACGCCGCCGACGCUGGAGGAACUCAGGAACCAACUGAGAGACUUGAGAGCCUCCAUAGAGCUGCUGAAGCACCAGCACAGGCAGGAGAUGAAGCAGCUAGCCAACGCGCUGGAUGAGGAGAAGAAGAUACGUGUUAGUUUACAGGUGGAAGUAGAGCACAUAAAGAAGAGCCUGUCCAAAUGAGGACUGAAGAAUCAAUUUCUCAUCACAUCUGAGGCCACAUUAAAAAACAAAAAACAAACAAAAAAAAGGAAAAAAAUUAACUUUCUCACUGUUGGUUUUGACACUUCCGCCAAAACUAAGUUUGUGCCAAACGAUCGCCACCAUCACCGACGAUUCAGCACCACGGAUUCAGCCACAUUUCCUCCCCUCUAAGCCGCCUUAUCCUGCGUUUACUUCUUUCUUUUUUACCUUCUGUUAAAGAGGCUUCUCUGUUUGGUUUACUGCUAUCUUCGCUGUGCCACCGGUACAAGGACGCCCCUGGAGCCGCGGCUGCCUGGUACUGUUUUAAGUUUCCCAGAGUGAAGGAAACUUCAGCCUCUGUAGCCUGGUCUGAUCAGAAGACCUCUGUGCAGUUCUGCGUCCACUUUGCGGCCUUCACCUCCAGUCUGGGUGUAUAAGUGUGCAUGUGUGUGUGUGUUUGUAUGUUUGUUUUCAUGCGAUGUGAGGACCUGACGUAUUGAGGUUCAAAAUGGGGACAUUUUUAGAAACUAUAUUUCCAAUUAAUCAAAAAUAAAAUUCUGAACACUUAAACUAGUUUAAACCAUAAGAUUCAUUUUUUGUGCCAUGAGUAAGUUUGUUUACUUUUUUAUUGUUUAAAUCUACAUGAACGAGGGACCAAUGACAGCACAAUGUCCUUUUCUAAGCAUUCAAAAUCUAUUAACAUUAAUAUUUUAGAUAUUUUUUAUGAGCCUAUAAAGUAGACUAUGAUUUAUAAUGAUUAAAAACUCACACAAAAGCACAGUAAUUUCCUCUAAACAUUACUGAGGAAAGAAGACUUCAGUUCGUACAAUACUUUAGUUUACUUUUUGCCUUACUGUGAUAUUUUGUCAAUGUUUGCUUUAUGUUUAAUCGCCCUUUACGUAAAGGGCAAUUAAACAUCGCCCUUUAUGGCGAUGUUUGGUGAUUGUUAGAACAAUGUUGAUUGUUCUAACAAUCAACAUUCUGGUUGAUUGUUAGAACAAAUAUUCAUCCAGGACAUUCAUUAUGCUAAAAGGACAUUUUUCUUCUGCAUCAGGUUAUUGGUCUGAAUGCAACACUGCCUCAAAUUUAGAAGUUAUGAAAAGACAGCAGACCAAGCAGCCAUGUCUUGAAAAAUAAAAGCAGGUAUAUGUUGUGUCUUCCUCUAAUCCACACAGGGUCAAAAGUAUUCAAAUAGGUCAAAAUAUAUACAUAGAAUCCCGUUUUUCUUUUUUCUUCUUUUUUGGCAGAAUUGGUAGUUAUUUGAAGUUGUUGAACCAGCAUAGUCCAUAUAUUUUGAAUACAUUUUGUUAGGGUGUGUAUCCAUUCCAGUGUGUUGGUGGUUCUUGACCAGUUGGACCAACCCACUGCAUCCAGGCUUCAGCUAACUAGCUGUAGAUUUUAGGUGAAAUUUAAAGGGGGCCUUUUAUGCAAAAUUAACAUUUUGUGUAUCUUUGUUCUUCCAUUUGGGUCUCAAUUGUUUCUAAAAACAGCAGAACCUCUUAAGAAUGCUACCUAUACGCUUUUUGGCAACAGGUAAAUGUGUUUUGGUGUCUGGAAAACAAGCUGUUUGAAAAGAUCCUGCUAAGUCACAAUGCAUCGUUACCUAGCAACCCUAACCGAACUCAGCCUGUCACCAAGCAACCUAAGUGGAGCUCCAGCUUGUUUGGUCAGCUGCUUUUACCACUGUAUGCGCUGUACAAUGGCUGCUGGAAAAGACAAUUUUUUAUUUUAUUAUUUUGUUGACUUACCUUCUAGAAAUGCAGCAACUACUUGCUACAUUCUUGCUGUUUGUGCAGAAGGCUCUACUUAUGCUUUUCAAAGAUGUACAGUUAUAUAAUUGCACAUCUGCUUUUAUCCAUUUUUAUGUGAGGUUGGUCAGAUGGUUGAAACUUUGACAGCUUUGGGUGUUGUUCUAAAUUCACAUUAAAACUGAUUUCAGAAAUGGUCAAAUAAACCUGACUUUAAAUUUUUGAAAUCUUAACCUUGUUAAAAUAUAUGUACUGUGCUGGAAGCCUAACAUUAAAACUUAACUAAGGAUAUUUUUGCAUUUAUCCAGCAUUCAGAGGGGGUCAACUAGUAAGUUACAGUUCAAACAGGAGCAGGUCAAAAGAAAAAUCACCAAUAGAAGACCAUGUCGUUUGUCAAUAAUCACAUUAUGUGAAUAUCGGAUAUUUUGGGAUUUUGCUGGCAUUAAAAACAAAUCUUAUUUUUCCUUUACAGAAAUGAGAAAUAUUAAGAAGCACAUUUAAGAUAAUAUAAAUAAUUUCUUUGUGUAAACAUGAAAACGUAUAACUGAAAGUGCAUGAAUAAACAGAAACGGUUCCUUUUCAGUGAAUAUUAACAGGGUUCAGUGAAUGUAGAAGGUUCCAGGUCCUCAUGGGUAGAUGAAGGUAAAGUGUGUGCUUAUGUGUGGUUUUUGUAUUACAGCAUGUGCAGCUGUUUUUGCCUCCCUUCCUUACGUGUGCACAAAAUCUAUGACAAACCCGUCACUGUGGCCUUCCUGUUUCAGAUUAUAAGUCUUUUUAUUUCUUCUCUUUUCUGUCUUUUCAUAUGACAAAGAAAACUGCUACAACUGAGGCUACAAGUUGUUUUCUUGACUUGGUCCUUUCUCUCCAAGAUGGUGAUAAAUGAAUAUAUAUAUAUUUACUUUUAUAUUUCAGUGUAAUAAAGAGGCUAUUAUGUACUGUA